GGAGCCAGGCCCGGGCCCCGAGGAGCGAUGCCGAAGGCCGGUGAUACUUUAUGGGAUCUUGCUAUAGCUGAAGUGGAGAAGAGAGAAAACCCUGAUGAUGAUGGCAAGCGUGUGGAAGUUUGGGAAAAAUCCAUAUUAUUUAUGGGAAACAAAAAUGGGGGAAAGACCACUAUUAUACUGAGGUGUCUUGAGAGGGAAGAGAUUCCAAAGCCAACAUUAGCCUUGGAAUAUACUUUUGGAAGAAGGGCAAGGAGACACAAUACACCUAAAGAUGUAGCUCAUUUUUGGGAACUAGGUGGUGGAACCUCAUUACUGGAUCUGAUUCGAAUACCAAUCACUAGCAACAACAUAAGGUCAUUUGCUGUAGUUCUUGUAUUGGAUCUGUCCAAACCUAAUGAACUCUGGACUACCAUGGAGAAGCUUCUGCAGGUCACCAGGAACCAUGUGAACAAAAUUUUAAGCAAACUAGAAAAGACAAAUCCUGAAGUAGCUACUGAAAUUAAACAGAGAAUGCGGAACAAUCUGCAGAGGGAUCAUCCAGAUUAUGAGUUAGUUGACCCCUUUCCAAUACCCUUGGUAAUAAUUGGAAGCAAAUAUGAUAUUUUUCAUGAGUUUGACUCUGAAAUGAAGAAAAUAAUAAGCAAGACACUUCGUUUUGUUUCACAUUACUAUGGAGCAUCAUUAGUGUUUACCAGUAAAUCUGAGGCUCUCCUGCUGAAAGCCCGUGUUCUUGUUAAUCACUUGGCAUUUGGCUAUGAUAAAAGCAAGUCUGUAUCAGUGGAUUAUGGCAAACCUCUAUUUAUACCAGCAGGCCUGGAUUCACUGAGCCAAAUAGGACCACCACCUGCCUCUGAUAGUGAUAUUGGAAAGAUGUGUGCAAACACACCUUUGGAACUGUGGAAAAAAGUAUUUGAGAAAACAUUUCCUCCGAAGAGUUCCUGUGAUUUACAAGAUACCAAGGAUCCUGCACAGGAUUUACAAUACGCCGAGUAUGAAGUUGAUGUUAUGAGAGCUCAGAAAAACCAGGAACUUGAACAAUAUAAAAGAAAUGCCUCUAAAUCCUGGAAAGAAAUGGAUUUAGACUCCGAUUGAUGAACUGCUAUUGGUGUCUUCAGUUUAACAUUUACAAAAUUACUUUAAUCAUUUUAACAUUACACUAGCAAUUUAAUCUGAUGCAGUUGAAAAUAUACAAUAUCAAACUACCAAAUUAAUAUUUAUUAAGGGAGAAAGGAAUUCUAGAUUGUUCAGAGAUAGGUUUGAAUAUGAAGACUGGCAUUAGUCCGUUCUACCUAUUUUAUAACACAUUAUCUGGUUUAUUUUUGAAUUUAGCUAUAAACAAGUUUUCACACCCAAAAUAUGAAGCUGCAUAGCAAAGUGUGCUAUGCAUCUUUUCCUAGUUCUUUGCAUAUAUAAUUCAAAAGGAAAGUGUUUGCAUCACUUUGACACAUUUCAGUAGCACAAGUCCACAAAAACUAGAAGAAUAAAGUGAAAUUAAGACCAUGUUUAACCUAAAUUCAGAAGGUUGCUUUAUCUCUAUUUCAGUAUCAUAUACUGAAUACACUAAUACAGGAAUUAUUUUUUUCAGUCUAUAAUGUUGUACUGACUUUGCACAGAAUCUAGAAGACAAACAUUUCUGUCAAAUAUUCAAAUGCUAGGAGAUCCAUCUAAACAACUUGACAGCUAUUUAGUUAGUGGUGGAAGUAUAAUUGAUUCCCAUUCAGCCUAAGGUGGUGAAAUGCUAGCCUGAACUAGGGAUGGCUCUUUGUCUGUGGACACUCUCACUAGUAUGACAUGGACUGAGUGUUUUGAGAAUGUGCAAGACAACAUCUAGAGUAAAGCCUGAGGUGUCUCUUGAGAGCUAAGACUUGUCAGAGAGUGAGUGUCUGAACAGUCACUUGGCAGACCAGAUCAUAAGAAUGUUUCCUGUUGAACAACCCUACAUCUGCAUAAAAAUGGAAAAGACAGAGUAAAGUGGUAUCUUUCCAGCUCUUUAAAGUUAUUUUUAACAUACUUGUUCACCAAAUGUUUUUUCUGAUACAACUUUUGUAUCUUGGAAUAUUAUAUAUAAAGCUAUUUAUUAGAAAAAAAUCUUGGCCUCACACUUAAGUGGAGAACUUUCAUUAACUCGAGGAUUUCAAAUUCUUUGUUACAAAGUGCAUAAUCUCAAAAACUAUCAAAUUAAACUAAUUAUAUGAUUAUCGAAUUUCAAGAUAUACUUACCUCCUCGAAGAAAUCUCUAGCUAUCCUUCUGUAAUAAAUAAUUUCUUCACUGAACAUGAAAAAUAAGUUACAAAAUUUAGGAAUUCUUUGUCUGUUUUCAAUUUGUGUGUCUGGCGUUCAGUGUUGAGAAGUACUUAUAUUUAUUAAAGGGAUAUAUUAGACUCUUGGGGAUGUUAGUGAGCCCAUGAGAAUAAUUUCCGAAGAUUCAUGUCACUUCCAAGAACUGGCAAACAACUUUUAUAUUUUUUUCUCCCUAGUUAAACUGACAUUUUAUUAACAAACAAAAAUUUGUUCUAUUAAUUCACAAACUGCUUCCAAAACAAGAUUUAGAACUCGAUAAUGAAAAGAAGGACCAGCUAUAAAUAACUGUCUUUUCUGACUUAUCAUCAUUUAGAAGACAAAAACAUGUUAUGUAACUUUUAUAUUGCUUAAAGAUCUUGUACUUAUUGGUUGUAUGCAUAAGAUUAAAUUGGAGUGAUUUCUUGUUUCUGUCUUUAUUUACAGUAUUUAGAUUGUUCCCUUUCUGCAGAUCCCAAAAAUGGUAUCAAAACAAAGCACAGGACUUAAAAUACAAUUCUAGAAAUGAGAUUUCCUAGCAAUUGUACUCCUCUGCUUAUUGGUAAUGGUUAAAAAACAAAAUAGUGUGGAAAAAAAUAGAGCACCAUUGCUACAUUGUUAAAAAUUGAGGACAACAA